UGUUCAUUUAUUACGAUUUUUAGUUAGGCAACCUCUUUUUGAAAAAAUGUAUAAUUUGCAGAGUUACAUACCAUUACAGAGUGGUUAAGUUUGUUUUUGUUAUUAUGUUACCUGGCGGCUGGCCGGAUCCGAACAGCCACUGUGUCGGCGGAGAAGGGGGGGAAGGCUUUCGCGGGGACACACUUCCUGUUUCUUAGCAACCCCAGCAGGAAGUGUGUGGAGCCGAAGACAGACAGAGAUCGAGAGGAGGCGAGAGGACGGGUUGAGCGGCUGUGACUAAAACCCCAAAUCCGAUCCCGGUCCAGGACGGCCUGUGAACAGGGUGGCCCGCGCAGGAUGGCGGCGGACCGGCCCUGCGCCCUGAUCCGCUCCGGGGAUCUGUGACGGUGCUGGCGUCGGGAGAAGGGAUGUGAGUCUCCGGAUCCUGACCAGGAGGUUUGAUUCCGGCUCAUCUGGGCGGCAUGAGGACUGCGCGCGCCUGCCCCGUGGACAGAUUGCUGUGAGAAAGCGUGCCCGUUGUCUUUUCGAAAGCUCUCCUGCCCCUGAGGGAAAGGAGGGAGGGAGGGGUCCUUCCCAAAUCCACCUCCUCCUCCUCCUCCUCCUCCUCCUCCUGAGAUGCAGGACCAGGCCCGGACCACCGGCUUCCAGUGCAAGCAGUGCGAGGUGGUGUGUCCGAGCUGGCCCGGUCUGCUGGAGCACGUGGAGAGCCACUACCAGCACGAGGAGGAGCGGCGCUUCUGGUGCGAGCAGUGCGGUCGCGGGUACCGGCACGCGGGCAGCCUGGUCAACCACAAGAAGACCCACGAGGUGGGGUCGUUCCAGUGCCCCGUGUGCGCGCGGGAGCUCAGCAACCCCUUGGCGCUGAAGAACCACCUGCGCAUCCACACGCCGGGCAAGAACUACCCCUGCCCGGUGUGCGGCAAGGCCUUCCGACUGGCCACGCAGCUGGCCACUCACCAGAAGCUGCACGGCCCUCCGGGGGAGCCCCUGGGCCCCGUGGUGGCAGGAUCUGACGAAACGGAAAGCGGGCCCGACGCGAUUCCCGGGGAAGCCUCUCCGGGGGACCCCAGCGGCAUGUUGACCGGUGUGCCCCCGCCAGCUCCCAGCAAUAAUCCGCCCCCUCCUCCGUUCCUCAGGGAGGUGGGGGAUGUCCUCGACCCACCCUGGGGCAGCAGGGACCGCGAUACCUUUCUGGAACAGGACCCGUCGGAGCAGGCGGAUUCCCAGGCUUCGGUAACGGACUCGAGCCCCGAUUGCGGGCUCCAGCCGGACGCCCACCUGGAAGCAGGGGUGGACAAGCCGAGCACCGAGGAAGACCGUCCGUUCAAGUGCAACCAGUGUGAGAAAACGUACAGGCACCAUGGCAGUCUCAUAAACCACAAGAAGUCCCACCAGUUGGGGGCGUACGAGUGCCACGUCUGCUACAAGCAGUUCAAUAACCUGGCAGCUCUCAAGAGCCACUUGCGAAUCCACAGCAAGUCCAAGGGCCGUCCAGCAGUGGCGUCUCCGUUCUCGGGCGCAGCCGCCGCGGAGCUGUCGGCGCCUCAGAACGGUGACGCAUCCCACUUCUGCCACCUGUGUCAGGUGGCGUUCUCCAGCGAGGGGGAGUUUCAGGACCACGUGCUGCUGCACAACAGCACCUCUCUCUCGCUGGGGCCGCCCGACGACUUCUCCGACGACUUGUCUUAUGACUACACCGGGGUCGGAUCCCCUGAUGAUGGCGUCUAUGCGCAUCCACCUCUGAUUGGCCGGAGCGACGAGAAGGAAGAGGCUGAAGAGGAGGAGUCUGUGGCGGCCGUGAAUGGACAGAUGUACACCUGCGCCUUCUGUGGGGAGAGCUACUCCGACCUCGAAAGCCUUAAGGCUCAUUACCUCACGCACGAUGCAGGUCUGCAGGAUGAAGACGUGCCGCCCGAACAGGAAGAGGGAAACCCAGAAGGGACGCCGGCGGCCAAAGGGGAACCCAAGGUGAAUCAGGCCGCGGCAGAGGUGACGGGAUCGGAUGAGCGCCGAUUCAAGUGCCAGCUUUGUGGCAAGAGCUAUCGGCAUGCUGGCAGCCUGAUCAACCACAAGCGCUCCCACCAGACAGGAGUCUUUCAGUGCUCGAUUUGCCAGAAGCACUACCCGCACCUCGCCGCCUUGAAAAGCCACCUCCGCAUCCAUAAAUCGAAGCCUCCUGCGCUGCUCUUGAGCUCUGAGGGUGACUGGCUCUCCCCCGAGCCCUUGACUCUGGAAGGCCAGAGCUACGUCUUGCCUUUCUCUUCUCAGGUCCCAGAUUCCGGAUUGGCCAUGCCUCAAGAUGUCGCCCUUCCGGCUCCUCCAGAUGACGCUGCAGAUGCGUCGGGGAGUGUGUGCUUCCCGCCGUUUGAUUCUGGCCUUGCCAGUAGCUGUCCUGCCUCCCCACCGACGCCAGAUCCCGGAUUUCAGGCCGAGAGGCACAUGUGUGCCGACUGCGGGGAGACGUAUUCCGAUAUCGCCGGGAUCAAAUCCCAUCAGUGUCCGCGCCGGGAAAACCUGAACGGGCUGACGGGUAGCGGGGGAUUCCGGGAGGCGGGGGACAAUGCCGACGUGGAGGAGGACGGGAACGAGAGUCCGGUCCCCGUGGGGUCCAGGAGGCGAAAGCGCGGCCCGGCCCAGAAGCACGUGGAGGCGGAAGAGCGGCGGGAUGCGGAGGAGUACGGGGAGCUCUGCCAGUGCUCCGUGUGCGGGAAUCACUACGCCAGCCUGUCGGCCCUGCGGAGCCACCUCCGCUGCCACACGCUCCCCGGUGGCGCCGGCCGCUCCCCGGAAGCCGAGGACGAGGGCGGCCUGCUCAUCUGCAGCGCCUGCGGGGAGAGCUUCUUGACCGAGCGGGACCUGGAGGACCACCAGCUCUCCCACGAGUCCGAGCUCGCCCCCCUCCCCCCGAAACCGGAAAGCAAGAGCCACGCGUGCGCCAGGUGCGGCGCCGUCUGCGACGACUACUACCCGCUGGGCGCCCACCGCUGCGCGGAGGACGCGGGCGGCGAGGCGGCGGAGGCAGCGGACGCGGGAGGGGAAGGGAAGGCGGAGAGCCCCGGCGCCCUGCAGGAGGGCCCCGACGCCGCGGACCGGCCCCAUCGCUGCGAGCAGUGUGGCCGGGCCUACCGCCAUGCCGGCAGCCUCCUCAACCACAAGAAGUCCCACAAGACCGGCGUCUUCCGCUGCUUCGUCUGCCAGAAGCGUUUCUACAACCUGCUGGCGCUCAAAAACCACCAGAGGGUGCACUUUGACAUCAAGAGGCACAAGUGCUCGGAGUGCGGGAAAGCCUUCAAGAUCCACAAGCAGCUGGUCAGCCACCAGAGGACGCACGAGGAGAACCGGGCCCGGGCCAAAGAGCUCAACCGGCAGCUGCAGCGCCUCCUGCAGCACUGCGGCCGCACCUACCGGCACGCCGGCUCGCUGCUCAACCACAAGAACAGCCACAAGACGGGCUCCUUCUCCUGCGCCGCCUGCCAGAAGCAGUUCUCCAACCUGAUGGCGCUGAAGAACCACCGGCGCAUCCACACCGAGCCCAAGCGCUACCAGUGCCCGGACUGCGGCAAGGCCUUCCGCGUCUCCACGCAGCUCAUCUGCCACCGGCGCGUGCACACCCGCGAGAAGCCCUUCGCCUGCCCGCUCUGCGGCAAGUGCUUCUCCAGCAAGUCCAACCUGCGGCACCACCAGAAGGUGCACAAGACCCGGCAGGCCGGGCUCGGCCUUGGCCUCGGCCUCGGAGCCCCCCUGGACGGGGGCUUCGCCGGCCUGGCGGGGCUCGGCUCGGGCGGGCUCGGCUCGGGGGGCUUCGCCGAGUGCUGACGAAGCCUGCGUGCAGCCUCUCCGGUGGGUCCGAGAAACUGACUCCGGGAAGACAGGACAUCCCUGGGAUCCUUCCCCUCCUCGAGGCCUUGAAUCUGCCCGGCUCGCCCCACCUUCCCUAGUAAUUUAAAAACAUGAGUUUUUGUAAGGGCUGGAUUUUGGAUUCUGCAUAAUCGCUGACCGUGGGUGGUCAUCCCUUGUACUCUCAAGAAUCUUGUUUGUUUGUUUUUUUUUGAGGGGGGGGUUGCACAUGUAUAUUUUUAUUUAUUGUUUGUUUUUUUUUAAUUCACAAAACAUAAACGGCCUAGAGGGACAUCUGCCUCCGCGCAGAAGCCUUUCCAGUUCUCUUUACCUCGGCGUUGCGGUCCUCCUCCGUGCCGUCCCGCAGGAGAGACUCUGAGUCCGGCAGCGGCUCUCGCCAGCCGGCGCGGCGCGGUGCAGCGGCGCCCCCCAGUAUUAGUGCCUGAAAGACGAGGGGCUCUGCGGUGAGGGCGAUUUCCCCUCCCCGAAACUCUGAACCGGCUGUACAAGUCUCCUGGGGUGAGACAGGUGCUUCUGCUAGCCGUGUCCCCUGGGGAAGAACAAAUGACCUUUGAGUUUGUCCUUUGAGAACUCCAGUCCCCCUUCCUCCUGAAUCGUGGCUGUAGACGACACUUCUGCUAGCGAUGUCUGUGUCUGAGUUUUCAGCAGCGAGGAGAAAAUGUUGUUGCAAUAAAAUAGAUGGGGGUGGGGGAGGGGCUUCCCCAGCCCUGUCACGAGUCUGAA